GCGAGCGAGGAGGACCCAGAAAUCAGCAGUUCAGAAAAUCAAGAGAUCAAAAUGAUGCUGAUGCUCUUGUAAAGGGAUUAAACUGAAUACAUCUGUCGUCAGUGGAAAAUCCAGUGUUCAUUGGGUUACUGUUCCAGUUUUCUGCAGUGAUGUUUUUGUAACCAGGGCAUUUUUCUCCGGGUUUUUGGACAGUUCUAGUCGGCACAUAGGUUCACCGUCUCCCCAACAGAAUUGACUGUUGGUGAGAACGGACCGAUUUGUGCUGACAACCGAGGAAGGGAAAGGGAGAAAUGCCGUUGCUGAGCAGCCGCUGUGAAGCUUGACUGAUCAUGAUGAAGACCGAUACCUCAUCUUCCAAGAGCACUGGCUCCGGUUCGACGCUGAGGAGCCCAUCCCCGCACCGGAACGCAUACGAAGCGGGGAUGCAGGCGCUGAAGCCUGUGAAGGACAAUGCUGCGAAUGGCGAUUAUAUGCAGGAAGGCCCCCGCGGCCGCCGGAGCUACGGCUCCAACGUGCACCGUAUCAAGAACAUGUUUCAGCAGAUGCAAGGCCCAGGGAGCACAUCUCCCGGCAGGGAGGGGGAGGGAGGGGAGGACCUGGAGAAGACUACUGAGAGGGUGCGUCUCUCCCUUCCCAGAGCCGGUAGCCUGAAUGAGAAUGUGGACCACAGCGCCUUGCUGAAGCUGGGAUCCACUGUCUCAGAGCGGGUUAACCGGUUCGACCCCAAUGCCAAAGCGGAGAACGGGCAGGCUCCCCGAGCCUCAUCACCCAGCUACUCCAAGCUGCAGGAGACACGGAAGAUCUUUGAACAACAGCAGGCGGCACAGCAGCUGGAGCUGGAAAAUCAGGCCGCUGCCACCAACCGGGUCCUGCUGAAGACAGAGCGGACCUCUGGCCUGGGCUUCCAUGAUGGCAGGCUGGACGUGGUGGCGCGGUUCAACGGCAGCACAGAGUCCCUGGACAGCCUGGACACCACCGAGGCCGUGUCCCCCACCGUCUCCCAGCUCAGCGCUGUCUUCGAACGGGCCUCCGAGCUCCGCAACAACCUGCACCGCCUCUCCUCCACCCCUCCACUUCCCUCCCGGGGGGUCAGCACCAAGGUGGGGGUGCAGCUCAACUCCAAAAUCAUCUCCAAGAGGGCGAACCGUGCUUCUGCCCUCCCAACGGCCAGCCAGGAGGAGGAGGGUGGUGGGGGGCGUAGCCAGAGGGACCUGGAUGGGCCUCCCAGAAGCCUCAGGGCUAAGGCUGCCCCCUCAUCCUCCUCCACCUCCGAUGGCCUGAACGGAGGGCAGAAUGGAGGCCACAGUGGCCCGACACUCCCCGAGCCCAAAGAGGUCCGGGAUAAGACUGGGACCCAGGCCAAAGCUGAAGGCCAGCAUGAGGAUCACUCUAGUGACCAGGAGCCCAGCAGCACCUUAGUGAAAGCUGACAUCCACCACGUCUCUCUGGAGAAUGGAGAGAACAGUACAGAGAGUGAGGCCCAGGUGAGGGAGACCUCUCCCAAGGGCACUAGCAGUGAGCGAGGGAGCCAGGGUGGUGAUGGAGAGAUGGGACAGGGGGGUACAGCGGAGGAGGGGGAAGAGAGGACUGUAAAGGAGGAUCAGUCAGGGGGAGAACAGGUUGAUAUCAGAACGUACAGCGCAGUGGGGGAGGACUCUGGAGGGAGCCAGCAGGAUGAGGAUGAGGAGGAUGAAGAUGAGCCGUACGAGCCUGAGUCCAGCUGUCAUGAGAAACCUGGGCUGCCUGAAGAGGAGGACCCUCCACCCAGCCGGAAGAUCCGCUUCAGCACAGGGCCUAUCAAGGUGUUUGCCACCUACCCCAACGAGGACUAUGAUCGUCGGAACGAGGACGUGGACCCCAUGGCUGCGUCUGCAGAGUACGAGCUGGAGAAGAGGGUGGAGAGGCUCGAUCUGUUCCCCGUCGAGCUGGAGAAAGAUGGCGAUGGGCUGGGUAUCAGUAUCAUUGGGAUGGGGGCGGGGGCAGACAUGGGCCUGGAGAAACUGGGCAUCUUUGUCAAGACGGUCACCGAUGGAGGAGCAGCGCACCGGGACGGCAGGAUCCAGGUGAAUGACCUGAUAGUGGAGGUAGAUGGGACCAGUCUGGUGGGGGUCACCCAGACCUUCGCUGCCUCCGUCCUCAGGAACACCACAGGCACCGUCAAGUUUCUGAUUGGUCGAGAGAAGCCGGGUGAGCAGAGUGAGGUGGCCCAGCUGAUCCAACAGACCCUGGAACAGGAGCGCUGGCAGAGAGAGCUGAUGGAACAACGCUACAGCCAGUAUAUGGACAACCAAGAGGAAGGUGAAUAUGGUACUGACGAGGAGGAGGAUGACGAGGAGGAGGUCAGCCCCACGUACCCCUCUGCCAUCGAGGUGUUUGACCUGGCUGAGAACGAGGACAUCUCUCCCCUGGAGACGGACCCUGAGAAGCUGGCCCAUAAGUACCGGGAGCUUCAAAUAAAGCAUGCUGUAACACAGGCAGAGAUCCAACAGCUGAAAAGAAAGCUGAACCAUGCAGAGCAGGACAAGCAGCGCUGGCGUAUGGACAAGAACCAGCUGGAGCAAACCCUACAGGAGAACAAGGAGCGCAUGGAGAAGCUGGAGGGCUACUGGAUGGAGGCCCAGAGUCUGUGUCAGGCUGUGGACGAGCACCUGAAGGAGACCCAGGCCCAGUACCAGGCUCUGGAGCGCAAGUACAGCAAGGCCAAGCGCCUCAUCAAGGAGUACCAGCAGAAGGAGAUAGAGUACCUGAAGAAGGAGACUCAGCGCUGUGUACAGGACGGGGCCGAGGCAUCACUGAGGGAGGAGUCAGGACAGCUCCAUGAACAGGUAGCAGAUCUGGAAUGCAGGGUUGAGGAGCUUAAAUCUGAACCUUUAUAAAAGCCUUGUUUCUUAAGUCUCAUCAAGAACAUUAAGAAUUGAAUACGAGGAUGUUAUUGUAUUUCUUGUCUCAAACUUUAGCUUGGUUUGCGGUUGCAUACAUGUACCUUCAGGCUUUGUAUUGCUGCAUAUAAUCUCUUUAUCUAACAACCCUUUUAAUCCUGUUUUUGAUGUUCGUUUUGUGAAUAUUUCCCAUAUGGUAAUAUUGACAAUGGCUACUGGUUUGUCUGAUAGUUUAAUCAACCAUUUUCUUAACAUUCAAAAAAUACUGGCAAGAACUUCUGUGGAGCUCUAACCGUUGCUGUUCCGAAUUUUUUUUCCAGUGUUCAGUAUUUGACCAUUUGAUAGAAAAUAGUGUGUUUGGGUGAAUUAGAAAACCAGGCUUUUGAUUUCAAUUGCCAAAACAAAUUCCUUUUCUUUCUUUUAUUUGCCUUGUUUUUUGUUCGUUUUAUUUUUUGGGAUUGUCAUUUUACAGCUGUAAUACUGUAUGUGGUUUAUCAAACAAAGUUUGGUUUGUAUAUAUUUUUGAUUAAUAUAUGUAUAACAUUUAACAUAUAUGAACUAAUGGAGCCAAGAGUUGGUGCAGAUGAUAACUUAUGUGACUGAGGAAGAUGUAAAAUGUCGACACUGGAGAAGAUAUAGAUUGAUUGAAAGUUUUGGUGCUUCACUGGAAUGUAAGAGAAAAGAGGAGAUACCGUAGGCUAUCCAUCUCCUUCUACAAUUAGAGCAGCAAUCCAACCUUUGCAGGGGUUUGGCACUUCAAACUUCAGUCAACUGCUGCCUACCUUUCAGAGUUAACAACCAUACAGUAUGUGUAUUGUUAGUCAGUCAACUCCGCUACCCAGUAAUGGCUACUGAUGCGAUUUAGAAAGAGCAUAGUAAACCUUCAGUAAUAACCCCUUUUUUAUUUAAGUAACUAAACCUACAUAAAAUAACUAAUUGUAAAAAGGACCAGAAGAGAAUGCUUCCAAAUCUGCUGUGCCACAAAGUGACAUGGACAAGAUUGAAAUCUGAUUGUUUUUAAUUUUACUGUGGAUGUUAUCAAAGAUGUGUUCAACACUGACUGAAUGGCAGACAGUAGAACUGGUGAUGGAAAGUGUUGGGAAACUGGUUCAUGUUCAUUAAGAACCAAACAGAAUAAAAUUGCCUAAAACAGGGAAGGACUAGGCCUAUCUGGACUUGUUCAAUAACUGGACUUGUCCGCUGUGCACCCUAAUGAACACAACCAUGGACUUCGAUGGUGAUGAAACAUCACCAGCAGCUAUUGUGCACUCCCCAUUCCUCUGACUAUAGCACAUGGAAUCACUGCCAGGUAGUAUUCACCUGCUUCUUCACAGUUUGGAGGGAACCUUACUGUAAAAAGCCUAUUUGUGUCAACUCCCAUACCAGUGUGUUUGUAUACAGUGAGGGAAAAAAGUAUUUGAUCCCCUGCUGAUUUUGUACGUUUGCCCACUGACAAAGAAAUG